AUGGCGUCCGCCGGGUCGAACACCAUUAAGGUGGUCGCCCGAUUCCGUCCCCAAAACAAAGUUGAAUUAGCUUCUGGAGGCAAACCGAUCGUUGAAUUCGAAGGCGAGGACUCAUGUACAAUUCUGUCCAAUGAAGGCACCGGAGCCUUUACUUUCGACCGGGUGUUCCCCAUGAAUACUGCGCAGAAUGACAUAUUCAAUUUCUCCAUCCGGCCGACUGUCGACGAUAUUCUCAACGGUUACAACGGAACGGUUUUCGCAUACGGUCAAACUGGUGCCGGAAAGUCGUAUACCAUGAUGGGAUCCGACAUUGAUGAUGACGUGGGCAAGGGUGUCAUUCCGCGCAUCGUUGAGCAAAUCUUUGCCAGCAUCCUUACUAGCCCGAGCAACAUCGAGUACACCGUGCGAGUCAGCUAUAUGGAGAUCUACAUGGAGAAGAUUCGCGAUCUGUUGGUGCCCCAGAACGACAAUUUGCCCGUGCAUGAAGAGAAGGCGCGCGGAGUCUACGUCAAAGGUUUAUUGGAAGUCUACGUCUCGAGCGUUCAGGAGGUCUACGAAGUGAUGCGCCGAGGUGGAAAUGCACGAGCUGUGGCUGCGACCAACAUGAACCAAGAGUCAUCCCGCUCUCACUCCAUCUUCGUGAUUACCGUCAGCCAGAAGAACGUUGAGACUGGAUCGGCCAAAAGCGGUCAACUUUUCCUGGUCGAUUUGGCUGGUAGUGAGAAGGUCGGCAAGACAGGAGCUAGUGGCCAGACCCUGGAAGAAGCCAAGAAGAUCAACAAGAGUUUGAGUGCUCUUGGUAUGGUCAUCAACGCGCUCACCGAUGGCAAAUCGAGCCACAUUCCGUAUCGUGACUCCAAACUCACCCGUAUCCUGCAGGAAUCCUUGGGUGGUAAUUCCCGGACGACCUUGAUCAUUAAUUGUUCGCCUAGUAGCUACAACGAUGCGGAAACUAUCUCGACUCUGCGUUUUGGUGUACGCGCCAAAUCUAUCAAGAACAAGGCAAAGGUCAAUGCGGAACUCAGCCCAGCCGAGAUGAAACAGCUAUUGCGAAAGGCCCAAAGCCAGAUGACAAGUUUCGAAUCCUACAUUUCCGCACUGGAGAGCGAGAUCAGCCAGUGGCGUGGUGGUGACAACGUUCCCAAAGAUUUGUGGACUCCGGCACGUGGCAAUGAGAUUGCCAAUGCCGUGAAAGUGGAGGCUCGGGCUCCUCGACCUGGAACGCCGUCACGCCUCCAGGAAACCGCUCGUUCCGAAACCCCACGUCCAGACUCUCGCGUUGGAGACCGUUCGAGCACACCCAGCCUGGUGCUGGAGAAGGACGAGCGGGAGGAGUUCCUCCGCCGGGAGAAUGAACUGCAGGAUUCUCUCGCCGAGAAGGAAACCCACAUCGGCAACGUGGAGCGCAGUCUCCGAGAAGCCCGUGAGGAGCUCAGGUCGAUGAAGGAGAAUGCUGGUCGGUCAGGCAAGGACAACGAACGCUUGGAGACCGAAGUCAACGAGCUGCGGAUGCAGCUAGAGAAGGUCUCAUAUGAGAGCAAGGAGGCGGCGAUAACCAUGGACGGUUUGCGAGAGGCCAACUCAGAGCUCACAAGCGAGCUUGACGAGGUGAAACAGCAGCUCCUCGACGUGCGCAUGAAGGCUAAGGAAACGACCGCCGCUCUUGACGAAAAGGAGAAGAAGAAAGCCGAGAAGAUGGCCAAGAUGAUGGCCGGCUUCGAUCUCGGCGACGAUGUGUUUUCCGAUAACGAACGUAAGCUGCAAGAUCUGAUUGCCCGGGUUGAUGCUCUGCACGAAGUCAGCGCGGCCGGAGAAACCAUUGCUCCCGAUGACAUCCUUGAUCUUCGUACGAAUCUGCUGGAGACACAAGGAUUUAUCCGACAGGCCGAGUUGACGAUGAAUGACCGGGGCGAGUUUGGCGAGCUGCAGGACAGCCGCCGGGCAGAUCUGGAGAAGAAACUGGAAGCUGUGCAACGGGAAUACGAAGCUCUCUUGACGCGCAACCUAGGCGAGAAUGACGUGGAAGAGAUCCGUGAGCGGCUGGAGAAGGCCUUUAUUGAGAGGAAGGAAACAGAAACGGCAGCAGUCGAGGAGCUCCGGACUCACAUCACCCAGAAAGACGAAGAAUUGUCGAAGUUGCGCAAAUCUCUCGUUGACAACGAGUCCCGGACUUCAACCAAUGGCGCCGCGAGCAAGACCUUGCAGCAGCAGAUCGCCGAGUUUGACGCAAUGAAGAAGUCAUUGAUGCGUGACUUGCAGAACCGCUGUGAACGGGUUGUCGAAUUGGAAAUUUCCCUGGACGAUGCUCGCGAGCAGUACAACAAUGUACUUCGAUCAUCCAACAAUCGAGCUCAGCAGAAGAAGAUGGCUUUCUUGGAACGCAAUUUGGAGCAAUUGACGCACGUCCAGCGGCAAUUGGUCGAACAAAACAGCAGUUUGAAGAAGGAGGUUGCCAUCGCUGAGCGAAAGCUCAUUGCGCGAAACGAACGCAUUGCCAGCCUUGAGAGCUUGCUUCAGGAGAGCCAGGAGAAGUUGACCCAAGCAAACCACCGAUUCGAGGCCCAGCUUACUGCUGUGAAAGAGCGCCUGGAGGCUGCGAAGCAGGGCUCUACCCGAGGUCUGCCCACCAUGGACAGCAAUGGGAGUUUCAGCUUCGGCGGAUCCCGCAUCGCGAAGCCGCUUCGUGGCGGGGGUAGCUCUGACGGGCCGACGAAUGCCAACGUCGCGGGCGUGCAAUCGCAAGAGGCGUCGGGCAAGCGCACGAGCUGGUUCUUUGACCGCAAAUGA